AUGGAUUUUGUUCGAUGUUUACAUGCAGGAAGGAAUAUAUCCCAGAAAAAGAUGGAAGAUGAUGAGGAACGAUUGUUCAACCAUUUGUUUGCAAACUACAAUCCUCGGCUUCGCCCAGUCCUGAAAAAGUCUGAAGCAGUCACUGUAACGUUCGGAAUUUCACUUCAUCAAAUUAUCGAUGUGGUGAGUCUUCAGUUCCGGGCAGUAUUGACAGUAUUUUUUUAAGCUGCGUGGUCUCUGCUGUUCAAAAAUGAAAUCAGAAUACUAGGAAAAGAAGCUGUUCUGAUCGAUAAUAUUAAACUUUUGAGGACUAUACUGAGAGUAAUUUCAAGUUAAGUUUUUUUCGCACCGUUUUCGGCGCUAAUUUUUUCAAAAACGCGCGAUACUGACUGGUAACCAUAAACAAGGGUCUUCAUAUUUAGUGAUUUCGUUUGUCCUUUUUCGUUAAACAGUUGCUUUUAGUAUUGAUUGAUAAGUACUGCAAACUACAUCUUACCUCGCGUUUUGUGAUCUAUUGCUCUUUAAGGAUGAAAAGAAUCAAUUACUACAGACCAGUCUAUGGAUUCGACAGGUAAAAACCUUUAACACUGGUUAAAAUUGCACUUGUUCAUACAGAUGUAAUUUGCACCGGAGGCAAAAAGCACGAGUAACCCAAUGUAUUUUCUGCAUUCUGCUAGCCUAUUGCCACUCUUAGACUGGCUAUUUCACUAGCCACAAACGACUGCAGGUGACAGAGUUACAAGAAUGAUAACAAGCUAUUGCAUAUGAUGUAAAUCUGCAGUGAUUAUUGGCAACUGACUAAGUCCUAGUUCACAGGAACCGCAUAUUUUUAUACGAAUCGGCCUUCUAUCCUCACGAAACCAGUUACCACCGCUCAGCGGAACUGCAUCUUUUUAAAUUAAUCUCCAGACUUUUUUAACAUGGAAUUUGCUUGGAAAACAAUGAGAUUACUUCUUGUGCACACAGGUCACCUCACUGAAAGUAAUCAACAGAGAACAAGAUUGAGAUAUAGUAGGUGUAUAUUCCCAGUCCCCGGCACUCCCGGCCUAGUAAAGGAAACACUCUAUCUCUCUAAUAGCUCUGUAAAAUUUGAGAUUAAAAACCAAAAAAUGGUUUAUCAUGAACAGAAUAUUGUUUUAUCAGUUUUUUAUUCUUCUAGGUGUGCCCAAGUCACUACAACUAAAUGCAUACGUUUUUUCCCAUUUUAGGCAUGGCAUAAUCCUUUUCUGGGAUGGAAUAAAUCAGAGUUUGGAGGAAUCAAAUCCAUUAAUGUCAAGGCCUUCGAGGUGUGGACACCUGAUAUAUACCUUUACAACAAGUGAGUUCUUUACUCAUGAAAUAUUACUUUAAAGGGAAAACAUUUGGAAUAACUCCUUUUGUUAAAUUGUAAAUCGAUUGUUACAGUUCUAAAAGAAAAGUGUUAUCGUAAUCAUUGAUGCUGGGUGACUAAGUACAGCAUAACUAUAUGGUGUACCAUGACAAGCGCAGUUAGGAAAUUUUCAUUUCUUUUAAAUUAGAUGAGAAUAAUUGAAAGUUUACGGUUUAGAAUUGCAACUAUUUGACUAUUUGUUUUCAUUAGUGUGAUACCUCGCUACAGCGACUAAGCGGCUCCAGCGCAAUGAAGAUAGCAUUUCCCUAUGCAUUUUAGUCAACACAUACUUUCACCCGAGUCAUAAAAACAAUCCUACUUUCAUUUGUUUAGUGCAAAUAAUGAACGUGAAGGUGGAAUGGAUCAGUUUAAAACACAAAUAGUUAUAAAUUCGUCUGGAUGGAACAUGUGGCUCUCACCAGCUAUUAUAAUAAGUUCUUGUAAAAUGGAUGUUAAAUAUUUCCCUUUUGAUACACAGGUAAAGUUUAUCUUUGUUCUUGUUAAAGAUGAUAAGUCACUUGUGAUAAGAAUCGAAUCUCUUUCUCCUACCUAAGUACGACAUGGGACAACAGAAACUGAGUAUAUUUGACAAGCUUGAAGAAGAGUUUUAUCAUUUACUAACAUGCGCAUUUUCACAUAUUACCCUGCCUUAUCCUGUAAUAACCCUGUUGUUUUAUGACAAAAACACUAACUGUUUUGGAAAUAUUCUUUCUUCCGUAUAUUCUCUGGAAGUAGGUAUUCAUGAAGUAUGAUUAUUUACUCAAUAAGAUUUUUUCGGUUUCUAGGUGGCUUUGCAUGCCCAAUCUUGACAAAAGACCUCCUGAUUGCAACUUUGAAGCAAAUCCGGAGAUCCCGAAAACUAUAUCUAACCCGGCUAUCCUUGUUGAUCGAGUAUUGCGCACCAUUAACUUGAACUGGACCCGUUAUUCUUUUUGUGGGCAGGAAUCUCAUUAAGGAGGGUAGGACUAAAUUAACACCGAUGAUGUCAUAGCCGUUUGCUAUUUUUAUCUGGGUUAGGUUUAUACUGCCAUAAGAGUUCAUAAGAAAACAGUACAAUAAGACUUUCACUUGAGUCCGUCCGCUAUAUACUUUGGGUCAAACAAAACAACAGAAAAUUAUUAAACUUUAUUUUAUUGUACCAGGUUAAAACUUCCCUAUACGUUGCAUAAGCAAAAACAACAACAGCAAAAGAACACUGCCAGAAAAGAAAUAUACAGCAAUACAGGAGAGCACUUUAUGAAGAAUGGCCACAAAUAGUUAAGCAACUGAGUUUUAAAAAAAAAAUUCAUGUUUUAUCCAGCUGAAAAAUGCUGUCUUUGUUUGUUCAACAGUUUUGUCUUUUGAAGUUUGGUUCCUGGACUUACGAUACUUUCCGCGUAAACAUAGUGCGAUAA